GCUGACUCCGGUCCUUGCUCGCGCAGCCUCCUCCCGUCGUCGCCAUGGUGCAGAUGAUGGAGUCGCAGUGUGAGUACUUCAUGUAUUUCCCGGCGGUGCCCAUCACCGACCUGUCGGACCCGGCCCGCUACCGCACGCUGCCCCGCAGGAGUCACCUCUACCUGGGAGAGACGGUCCGCUUCCUCCUGGUGCUGCGCUGCAGGGACGCGGGGGCGACUCCGACCGAGGCUGGGCCCGCAGUGGGCGCUGAUGGCACCGCGGCCGGUUUUGGGACGGAGUCGGCCAGCAGCCGGGCGUGGAGGGAGCUGGCCGGCUCUCUGUGCGCCGUGGCCAGCGUGAGUCCGGGUGAAAGCAGCCGCCAUCGAGGCCAUCAUCACCACGACUACCAGAGCAGCGGGGACGAGGCCAACGAGGAUGGCGAGGACGACUACAUCGCGGCGGCGGAGGCGGCCAUCGCAGCGCUCGGCCGCCGGGUGGACUCCCGGUGUCGGAGCUUCAGGGACUGCAAGCCGCUGCUCAUACACAACUCAUCGGGGACGGCGGCGAGGGAGUUCCGCAGGGCACCUGUUCAGUCUCCUCUGGACGAGCCGGUGGUUUUGACGGAUGAAGUGAUCUUCCCCCUCACCGUCUCUCUGGACAAACUCCCCGUCAGCACCCUGAAAGUCAAGGUGAUGGUGACGGUGUGGAAGAAGGAGGCAGAGAAAGCGGAGGUGCAGGAGCUCGGCUACCUGAGCGUCCUGCAGCAACGAGAGCCGACACACACCUUCAGACACGACCUGAACACCUUCAAAGCUCAGGUGAGCACCACUCUGACCGUCCUGCCGCCGCCCACCGUCCGCUGUAAGCAGAUGACCGUCUCUGGGAGGCACCUCGCCAUCCUCAAAGUGUUGAACGAGUCUUCUCAGGAGGAGGUGUGUGUUCGGGAUGUUCGUAUUUUACCAAACCUCAACGCCUCCUACCUUCCCAUGAUGCCAGACGGCUCCGUGCUGCUGGUGGACAAUGUGAGCCACCAGUCAGGUGAGGUUGGCAUGGCGUCUUUCUGCAGGGUGGACAGCCUGGCCUCCCGCCUUCCCAGCAUGCUCAGCGCUUUGGAGGAGCACGACUUCCUGUUCCAGUUGCAUCUCAACGACAUGCCGGAAGACGACUCCAACGAGGGGCUGGAGGUUCCCCUGGUCGCUGUGGUGCAGUGGUCAACUACCAAGAUGCCUUUCACCAACUGUAUCUACACCCACUACAGGUUGCCCAGCAUCCGUCUGGACGAGCCUCGCUUCGUCAUGACGGCCAGCUGCCCGAGCACCGUGAGGGUGAAGGAACACUUCAAGGUUAAAUACGUUCUGCUCAACAACCUGCAGGACUUCCUGGCUGUCCGGCUCGUCUGGACCCCAGAGGGUCGAGGUCAGGUUGACGAUGCGUCUCUGGCCGCUGUGGUCUGUCACUCUCCUCUCAGCAACCUCGGUCACUGUCGGAAAGGCAGCACUCUGUCCUUCAGCGUGGCGUUCCAGAUCCUCAAACCGGGACUCUACGAGCUGAGUCAGCACAUGAAGUUAAAGCUCCAGUUCACGGCCUCGGUCUCCAACCCUCCGCCUGACGCUCGGCCACUGUCACGUAAAAACAGCCCGUCCAGCCCGGCGUUUCGAGACCUGCUGGACCGACACCAGGCCAGUCUGGGUCGGUCCCAGUCCUUCUCCCACCAGCAGCCGUCUCGCUCCCAUAUCAUGAGGACAGGCAGUGCCAUGGAGCGGCGGGCCAUCACCCCCCCUGUCGGCUCUCCGGUGGGUCGGCCGCUCUACCUGCCGCCGCAGGACAAGUCGCUGCUGUCGCUGGACAAGAUCGCCAAGAGGGAGUGUAAAGUCCUGGUGGUGGACCCCGCCAGCUAAGGGGCAAGGACGCAAGGAGGGAAGGAUAAGGAAGCAGUGAGGAGUCAGGAGAGGCCUUGAAACAUCUUCAUCUUUAAGUUUCCCUUCAACAGAACCUGCUGCCUCAUGUUUCUGUUGAAAACAUUUUGAUUUAAACAGGAAGAAGAUCAAAAUAAAACUGUCCUUUAUGAAGACAGAGACUGAAGAAACAUUAAUGUAUUAUCAUGUUUUUGUUUUGUUUAAAAGGAGACGCUACAGGAACACAUGCAUAUCAGUCUGUUAGUAAUAUAAUCAGAUCAACAGGUUUCAUGGUUACUGAUCAUUAGCUAAUGUUAGCAUGCUAACAUGUUAAGCUAAUAUGGUGACCAUUGUAUCUGCUAAACCUCUGUUAGCAUGUUAAGCUAAGAAAGUGAAUAUUAUUUCUGCUAAUUAUCUGUUAGCAUGCUAACAUGCUACACUUAGGUGGCGAUUAUUAUACCUGCUAAUCAUCUGUUAGCAUGCUAGCAUAAAGCAGUGCUGUGUCUCAGUACAGCCUCACGGAGCUGAUUUGUAUUUUGCGACCAAAAUCUAUAGUUUUUUUACAAUCUAUUCUCUCCGUUUCCUUGGUAACCUCGAGGGUGUGUUAAUACCUGGAACAGUCAUUACCAUCCCAUAAAGUUCUUAUGCAACGGGAACGUAUAAAUAUGAAUAGGACGGACCUGGGCGAAUGCUUUUAGUUGAUUUAGAGCCCCUUGUGGACAAAAUAAGUAUUACAUGUUUUCAUCUGCCACAGCUUUGUUUUGUUUCACAAUUUGUUUUCAGGAAAGAUGAUCCUGACAAAACGUUCCUGUUCUUAAAUCACCUCAUUGACCUCUCAGAGCUUCCGUAGAAUACUGAGCAAAAUAAAAACCAUCAACGUAU